UUUUGUCAACAUUCGACACGGUUUGCUUGCGAAAGGUUUUUGCACUCGAAUAAAAUUUAAAUAAAAUUUUUAUGUCAGUGUAUUGAACUAUUAUCCAAUGGGUAGAAGAUCGUGAUGUGUGUAGUUUGAUAAAAAUAAAAUUAAAGACUUCGUUGUGAGGUAGAACUGACAACAGCUGUACUGUGGUGGUCCACAGCUCAAAAAUGUCGUCGCCUUCCAAACUUCGAUCCAAGAGACAGACUCGAUACAAACGUCUGUUACAUAAACGACUUCCAAUUACAAAAUGGCUUCCAGAAUACAACUCGGAGAAGGCUUUAGCAGAUUUGAUUGCGGGCAUCACAGUGGGCCUUACGGUGAUACCACAGGCUCUGGCGUAUGCGACACUGGCUGGACUAAGUCCGCAGGACGGUCUCUACUCAUCGUUUAUGGGGUGUUUCGUCUACAUAGUGUUCGGGUCUUGCAAGGACAUUACAUUGGGGCCGACAGCGUUGCUGGCUCUCAUGACUUAUCAACAAAUACAGGGUAGAAACCCCGACUAUGCCGUAUUACUCUGCUUUUUGUCUGGCGUUGUACAACUCGGAAUGGGUUUAUUACAUUUAGGUGUCUUAAUAGACUUCAUAUCAGUACCGGUCACGGUUGGGUUCACCUCAGCUACAUCUGUGAUCAUCGCCGUUUCACAACUGAAGGGCCUUCUGGGACUACAGUUCAAAUCUGGUGGAUUCUUGGACACUGUUCGAAAGGUCAUAACCAAUUUACCAAACGCAAGAUUAGCGGACAGCACCUUAGGAAUAUCCUGUAUAGUGCUUCUUUUAUUGAUGCGUAAAAUGAAAGACAUCAAGCUGCCAGCUAGUCAAAAAGGUUUAAAGAAAACUCUUUGGUUGCUUUCGACGUCAAGGAAUGCCAUCGUUGUAGUGGGAUGUUCUUUAGCUGCGUUCUUCUUUGAAAAAUAUUCCACUCAACCGUUCAAAUUAACAGGAACUGUCAAAGACGGUCUCCCCUCACUGCGCUGGCCACCGUUUUCCACAGCAGUGAAUGGCAGAUACGUGGGUUUCACGGAAAUGUGCUCAGAUCUCGGCUCCUCGAUAUUCAUAGUUCCUAUUAUCGCUGUCUUAGGCAAUGUCGCUAUCGCUAAAGCUUUUGCGAGUGGCGAAUCAGUGGAUGCGACACAGGAACUGAUAACGCUCUCACUAGCGAACAUUUUCGGUUCAUUCGCCGGCGCCAUGCCGAUCACUGGAUCAUUCUCUCGAAGUGCUGUGAACCAUGCCAGCGGAGUCGCCACGCAGUUCGGUAGCAUUUAUACAGGUGUUUUGGUGUUACUGGCGCUUAGUCUACUGACUCCCUACUUCUACUUUAUCCCGAAGGCGGCGCUGGCAUCCGUUGUGAUAUGUGCUGUGAUAUUUAUGAUAGAAUAUGAGGUUGUAAAACCAAUGUGGCGGUCUCGUCGCGCGGACUUACUGCCAGCGUUUGCGACGUUUGCGCUCUGUCUGUCUGUGGGCGUGGAACUCGGCAUCUUGGCUGGAGUGGCCGUCAAUGUGAUACUACUGCUGUACCCCAGUGCGAGACCACAGCUUGAAGCUGAGAUUGUCACGAACGCAUCAGGCUUCAGUUACGUUUUAGUAACUGUAGGCAACAGUUUAUACUUCCCUGGAGUGGAGUACAUCAGACAGUACGUUGAGAGAGCCGCUAAGAAGCAGGGCGGGUGUAGCAUGCCCGUCGUUAUUGAUUGCCGAUAUGUAUUAGGCGCAGACUUUACAGCAGCGAAGGGUAUAUGCGCACUAUCGAGUUCGUUAGCUGCGCGUGGGCAACCACUGGUACUUUUGUCUCCCCGCGCAUGCGUCGCUUCAGUCUUCAGCGGGGCCGGUUCUAACGUAGUAGUUGUACUAACACAUGCCGAAUUGGACUCUACUUUGCACAGUCUCACAGGCCAAAUACCACUCCAGUUAACCAGCAAAGAACACACACCGCCUCCAAAUUACGAUUCGCUAAAACAAUCAGACGAUGACGUCACAGAAGUUGUCAUCGUUGAUGAUCAGAAUAGUACGCCACUAUUGUGCAAGAACGGGACAGCACUAUCUCAUGCAAACGGGGGCAAUGACACGUGACGGUAUUAAUUUUUGUUAGUUUUAAUUUAAGUAGUAAAGU